AUGGCCAUGGCUAGUCUACCUUCUAGUGAUUCUCUUGCCAAUGCCUAUGAUGAAAAUCUUGAAAUAUUCAGUGUUAUCUGGCUUGACAAAAAUGUUCACUCUGAAGAGAAUCAAGAUAAACAACAAAGACUGCGUUCUAUCAUCAAUCAUCUCAAAACAUUUCAAGAUGGAGAAGAAUGUAAACAAUACAUAGAACGAAGACCAAUACACAAUCGAGUAAUCCUCAUUGCUAGCGGUCAGUUGGGUCGACAAGUGGUACAUUCCAUUCAUCAACUUCGACAAGUCUCGGCAAUCCAUAUUAAUUCUACAGACAAAGAGAACGAUGAACAAUGGGCAAAGGAAUUCAUCAAAGUAGGGCUGUUCUUAAAAUUUUCAGUAUUGGUGUACUGUCGGUUUAGGUAAGGGUGAUUGCCCGUGAAUCGAACGAACUGAUUUCUCAAAUUGAAACAGAUCAUAAGUGUCAGAUGAAGAUGCAAGAACCGUUAUCAAUCAACAUGUUCACUACAAGUGGCGAUGCAGGGAAGUCUACAAUAGGAAUUAAUGGCCAAUUUGCUUUUUCCCAAUUACUUCUCGAUUGUCUGCUUCGAUUGAAAUCAAAUGAGAUGGACAGGAAGGAACUCAUUUCUUGUUUUGAGAAUGAAUACAAAGGCAACCAUGUUCAACUCGCUAAUCUGCACGAAUUUCAAAAUGAUUAUACAUCAGACAAAGUUUUGUGGUGGUACACUCGUGAUUCGUUCUUCUACAAGACUCUGAAUGCGGCUCUCCGCAAGCAAGAUAUUCAUAUGAUUUUCUUGUAUCGUUCAUUCAUUGUCGAUAUAUAUCGUCAAUUGAAGCAGUAUCAAUCUAAGGACUCUAUUCGAGUUUAUCGCAGCCAGUUAAUGUCAACCGAUGAACUAAAUUAUAUUAAACAAAAUAUUCACCAAUUUAUGUCCAUAAAUUCAUUUCUUUCCACAAGUAAGCGACAUGAAAUAGCUGAUUUCUAUAUCGGCGACAGAACUCAGCGGAGCGAUUUACAACGAGUUCUGUUCGAGAUUAAUGCUGAUCCGAAAGUGGUCUCGACGAAACCAUUUUCUGAUAUCAGCCCGUUUAGUCAUUUUCCUGAAGAAUCCGAGGUACUCUUUAUGCUAGGUUCCAUUUUCCGUCUCAACUCUAUUCAGUAUGGAGACGAUCAAGUGUGGAUAAUAAGAAUGUCAUUGUGUGGAGAUGAUGAACAUAAUUUGAAGAACGUUCUUGCAGACAUGAAGAAGCAAAAUGGCACUGGAGCGACGAAUCUGCGAACACUAGGGAAAUUGCUAUGGACGAUGGGCAAACUUGAUCUGGCUGAAAAGUAUUAUACUCGUUUGCUCAAAGAACUUUCGC